AUUCUCUGCAGCAACGCAACUAAGAGCAGAGACCUUAGCAGGAGCCCUAAGAAGAGUUCUCUUUUCUUCUUAAUAGUUUGUUACCCUAAAAUUAGUUUGUCUAGAGCUAAACGCUGCACUUUUGCAGCGUUUAGUGCGCUCCCAACAAGCCUUAAAAAUCUGCUUAAAGAAAUAGUUUUUAUGCUAGGUUGUACUUAUAACUGCAGUAGGUCUCUAAAGUAAAAAGCCUCUAGUUAAUAGAACAAUGUAGAUAAGGGAAGUUAGCAAAAUAGAUCUGUAACUUUAGGAAAAGAAUUAGCUCUAAGAGUUAGGCACGUUGGGCUUUAGGAAGAAGCUUCUAGCGCAGAAGGGCACUAGCUGCAAGGUAGGCGCCUUU